GUGUGGGGGGGGGAGUGUGUGUGUAUGCGCGCGCGCGCGCCUCUCUCCGUCUCUCGCUCGCUAUAUAGGAUGUGCCGCGGAAUGGGUGGCUCGUUGCUGUAGGCGCGCGUGCGGCUCGCCCUGCCUUUGGCGAGCAGCGUUUUGCAGCGCUGCUGCUGCUGCUCUCCUUCUCCUCACCACCGGCAAGGCAAGCGAUCCCGGCAGGCUCUGGCUUUUCCCGGCUGCCAUCUCCUCCUCCUCCUCCUCCGCCGCCUGCCUGCCCUCUCUCUCCCAUUUUCCUCCGCUGGGAAGCCUCGAUGUGCUGUUGCCAAUGGCCGGGGCACAGCCAGGGGUGCACGCUCUCCAACUGCAGCCGGUCCGCGUCUCGGACAGCCUCAAGAAAGGCACCGUCUUCGUCAAGUGGGACGAUGAUUCCACCAAUGUGACAUCAGUUUUUGCCCGAACAGACCCACAUGGAUUUUUCUUGUAUUGGACAGACCAAAAUAAGGUGCAGGAAUCGGAGCUGCUGGAUAUCAGCCUUGUCAAAGAUGCCCGAUGCGGGAAACAUGCCAGAGCGCCUAAGGAUCCAAAACUACGUGAACAUCUGGAUGCAGGAAACAUAGGAGGGCGACUGGAAGGCCGAAUGCUCACAAUCGUGUAUGGCCCUGACCUGGUCAAUAUUUCAUACUUGAACUUAGUAGCAGCUCAGGAUGACAUCGCAAAGGAAUGGUCGGAGGAAAUCUUCAGUCUGGCGUCAAACCUGCUGGCACAGAACAUGUCAAGGGAUGCUUUUCUGGAAAAAGCAUACACCAAACUUAAAUUGCAAGUCACUACGGAGGGGCGGAUCCCUUUGAAGAAUCAUUAUCGCUUGUUCUCCUCAGACAGAAAGCGCGGAACUGCACUGGAAGCCUGUAGUCUUCCGUCUGCCAGGAAUGAGUCGAUUCCUCAAGACGACUUCACUCCUGAAAUAUACAGAGAAUUUCUCAGCAACUUUUGCCCUCGACCUGAAAUCGACCACAUCUUCCAAGAGCUUGGUGCAAAAGGCAGAGCGUAUCUUACUGUUGACCAGAUGAUGGAAUUUAUAAACUUGAAGCAACGAGACCCACGGUUAAAUGAAAUUCUUUAUCCACCCUUGAAGCAGGAACAGGUUCAGCAACUGAUUGAGAAAUAUGAACCCAAUAAUAGCCUGGCUAAGAAAGGGCAGAUAUCGGUGGAUGGAUUUAUGAGAUAUUUGAGUGGAGAGGAGAACGGAGUCGUUCCACCUGAAAAACUGGAUUUGAAUGAAGAUAUGAGCCAGCCUCUGUCUCACUAUUUCAUCAAUUCGUCGCACAACACCUACCUCACAGCUGGACAGCUGGCCGGUAACUCUUCCGUAGAGAUGUAUCGCCAAGUGCUAUUGUCUGGCUGUCGCUGUGUCGAGCUGGACUGCUGGAAAGGCCGAACAGCUGAAGAAGAGCCCGUUAUUACACAUGGAUUCACCAUGACAACUGAGAUAUCCUUUAAGGAAGUAAUAGAAGCUAUUGCUGAAUGUGCAUUUAAGACGUCUCCUUUCCCUAUCCUUCUCUCUUUUGAAAAUCACGUGGAUUCCCCUAAGCAACAGGCAAAAAUGGCAGAAUAUUGCAGAUUAAUAUUUGGUGAUGCCCUGCUGAUGGAGCCACUGGAAAAAUACCCACUUGAACGUGGCGUUCAUCUUCCAAGCCCGGCAGAACUGAUGUACAAAAUCCUGGUGAAGAAUAAAAAGAAGUCCCAGAAGUCUGCGGAUGGCAGCGGGAGGAAAAAACUGUCUGAACAGGCUUCGAAUGCGUGUAGCGAUGCUUCCAGCGGGUUUGAGCCCUCUUCUCCUGGAGCCGGGGAAGCAGAGAUCGAGAGUGACGACGACGACGACGACGACGAUGACUGCAAAAAAUCAUCAAUGGAUGAAGGGACAGCUGGUAGCGAGGCCAUGGCCACCGAGGAAAUGUCAAACUUGGUGAACUACAUACAGCCUGUGAAGUUUGAGUCAUUUGAAACAUCUAAAAAACGGAACAAGAGUUUUGAAAUGUCUUCCUUUGUGGAAACCAAAGCACUCGAGCAGCUCACGAAGUCUCCUGUCGAGUUUGUGGAGUAUAACAAAAUGCAGCUGAGCCGAAUUUAUCCAAAAGGAACACGUGUUGAUUCCUCAAACUAUAUGCCUCAGCUCUUCUGGAAUGCAGGCUGUCAAAUGGUUGCUCUUAACUUCCAAACUGUAGAUUUAUCUAUGCAAAUAAAUAUGGGAAUGUAUGAAUAUAAUGGCAAAAGUGGGUACAGACUAAAACCAGAAUUUAUGAGAAGACCAGACAAGCACUUUGAUCCGUUUAGCGAAGGUAUCGUAGACGGAAUAGUGGCAAACACCUUGUCCGUGAAGAUCAUUUCUGGGCAGUUGCUGUCGGACAAAAAAGUCGGGACCUACGUAGAAGUGGACAUGUUUGGUCUGCCGGUGGACACAAGGCGGAAAGCUCUCAAGACCAAGCCAUCUCAAGGCAACGCAGUGAAUCCUGUAUGGGAAGAAGAAGCCAUUGUGUUUAAGAAAGUUGUUCUGCCUUCCCUGGCAUGUCUGAGGAUAGCAGCCUAUGAAGAAGGAGGGAAAUUCAUUGGUCAUCGGAUAUUGCCUGUAUCAGCAAUUCGACCAGGCUAUCACUAUAUCUGCCUGAGGAAUGAAAGGAAUCAGCCCUUGACACUGCCAGCCUUAUUUGUAUACAUAGAGGUUAAAGAUUACGUACCCGAUACUUACGCAGAUGUUAUCGAGGCAUUAUCCAACCCCAUCAGAUAUGUGAAUUUGAUGGAGCAGAGAGCAAAUCAGUUGGCAGCGCUGACUCUGGAGGAUGAAGAAGAAGUCAGGAAAGAGGCAGAACAGGGAGAUGUUCCUUCAGAAGCUCACACUGAACCCAAGCCGGCACCAGCUGAAAAUGGAGUAAACUGCACCGCUUCCCUCACCCCAAAACCAUCCACACAGGUUACUCCCAGCCAACCAACACCAGGUUCUGUGAAAGUGCCAGCAAAAACAGAAGAUCUUAUCCAGAGUGUCCUGACAGAAGUCGAAGCACAAACUAUCGAGGAGCUAAAGCAACAGAAAGCGUUUGUGAAACUUCAGAAGAAGCACUACAAAGAAAUGAAGGACCUUGUGAAGAAACACCACAAAAAAACCACGGAUCUUAUAAAAGAACAUACCACGAAGUAUAAUGAAAUCCAAAACGACUACCUGCGACGGAGGGCGGUUUUGGAGAAAACAGCUAAAAAAGACAGUAAGAAAAAAGGUGACGUUGGCAGCCCAGAUCACAGUUCUUCAACUGUUGAACAAGAGUUGACCACCCUUGAUUCAGAAAUGUCCCAGAAGUUAAUAGAGCUUAAGGAAAAGCAACAGCAACAGCUGCUUAAUCUUCGGCAAGAACAGUAUUAUAGUGAAAAGUACCAGAAGCAAGCACAUAUUAAAUUGCUCAUUCAGAAGCUGACAGAUGUAGCAGAGGAAUGCCAGAACAGUCAGUUGAAGAAACUGAAAGAGAUUUGUGAGAGGGAAAAGAAGGAGUUGAAGAAAAAGAUGGACAAAAAGAGGCAAGAAAAAAUCACAAAGGAUAAAAGUCAAGUGGAUGAGGAGAAGACAGAAAUGAUUCGAUCAUAUAUUCAGGAGGUGGUGCAAUACAUUAAAAGGCUAGAAGACGCUCAAAGUAAAAGGCAGGAAAGACUUGUGGAGAAGCACAAGGAGAUUCGUCAGCAAAUACUGGAUGAAAAGCCCAAGUUACAGGCUGAACUCGAUCAAGAAUACCAAGACAAAUUCAAAAGACUCCCAUUGGAAAUCCUGGAAUUUGUUCAAGAGGCGAUGAAAGGCAAAAUUAGUGAAGAUGGAGACCACAGCUCUGCCACUUCUCCCCUGGCAUCCGAUGGUGGGAAAGUCAACCACAAGCCACCGCAGAAUGAGGAGCUGGAAGAUAAUCCAGGGAAAGUAUUCGAUACACCCCUCUAGCAACUCCUCCAAGGCCACAUACCCAAAUUACCGUGGCUCAAAAGUCCCCACCGUUUUCUCCAGGUACUCCCCUGAUGUGAACAAGGCAUCUUCAGAUAUGGGAGACAUCUGUAGAGACAGCACACAUUUCUAAAAGGAACGGUUGAUGAGGAAAGUCUAUGUUGUUUGUAAGCCUUUUUUGUUUCGUUGCCGUUUGGGGGGGGCUAGAGCAACAGGCCAGCGCUGCUGUUUCCCUGGCUAUUUUGGCCAGGCCAUGUGAAAUUUGGAGCUUUCUGUGGGGACCAGCAUGUUUUGUGAAAGUAAACCUCUCUGUGAAGCAGCAGCGGUUGAAAAAGAAAUUCCGGACAUUAUCAUAACAUCCGUAGCCAUUUAUUUUCUCCUUUGCGCCUCGAAAGCUUGUAUCAUCUUGAUAAUUGCACUGAUUUUAUUUGCUUUCCAAGAACCAGUCGCUUGCGUUGCUGACAAUAUAUCUGCUUUGAGAUGUUCUGUUGAAGCCGUGGUGACUAGCGUUAACUUUCCCAGCUGUAAUCACUUCAAGAAGGAGACGCGUGUUUCUAUACGCUUCCUGUGUGAUGUGGGUUCACAUAGAUGUGUACACACACACACACAAACAAACAAACAUAUAUAAACCACUGUGUAUGAACAGAGCAUGCAAGUUCUCACGGGGAGCCUUCCCUUGUGGCAAAAUAAAAGAAGUUUCAGGGAUCAGAGCUAAUAUUUCAAUGGGCAUCUUUACGAAGCAACCUUCAAAUCACAAGAAUCUUUUAACUUACUACUGUAUAUUGUUUUCAAAUAUAAAUGGGUGGCUCCGAGAGCAUUGUUUUCAAUUUAUUAUUUUUUGUUGCAUCAUGUGAUCUGUUGUUGAAAUGUUUUGGACUGUGGUAUCUGACAUGCAAACAUCUCUUCCAUAGUUUUCAAAAAUGUAUGGUAUGCAUGUAGGAAAUGCCGUCUCCAAAAUGUAUAUAAAACUCAGAUAUUUCAGAGCUGGAGAAUUUGUGAAAAGAAAAUAGACAGAAGGUUAUGGAGGAUGAAGUCAUGAGUUCUGAUCCUGCAAUUUAUUUAUACUGUUAACCUUAGAAAGGUUAUAGCCCCUCUAAACUCAAUAGAAUUACUUUGUGGAGGAUAUUGAAACACUAAAUUUUGUUCUGAUAAUAAUAAAGACUUAAUACCUAACAGCAUAUAUGUAGUUUGCUUUCCCUCAGGAGUUCAGUAGAAAUAACUUAUUUUAUUUAAAUGUAAGCAAUAAAUAGAGAUCAAACUUAAGUUUCAAGUUAAAUGCUAAGUGUACAUAGGGAAAUAAAACUUUGGCUGAACAGUAUUUUUCUUCUUCUUAAUUUACAACACACAUGAGGAAAUAUAAUUUAGAGGACCUAACUCUAAACAGAGACUUUCAUUUUGAUUUUAAGAAUAUGACUCCUGUCAUUUAUUCUACUUUUGCACUUUGAAGAUCACUCUUAUCAAUCGUUAAAUACAAAACCUGGAAGGGUCAAAGUUUAAUGCUGCAUUUUAUAAGACAAAGGUUCAAUAAAUUUGUUUUAGGUUAGGGCAAGAUAAAAUAAAUAGCAGUAUUCACAACGAUUCUGAGACUAUUUCUUCGAUGUGCUUGUAUACUGCAGCUUCAAAUAGUCUAGGAGAAAUACUGAUGAGCUUUUUAAUUUAUGAAAUAAAAGUUAAUGGUUUGAACAGAGUAUAUUAUCAGAUGUAGUUGGUUUUCAGUACAUUUGUAUUUGACCAUUGACUGUCCUUACUUUUUUAAAUAUCUGUACAGUGCCCCUUUUGCAGUUGUAGUUUAGUGUGGAAUAUUGUAUAUCUUGCAUUUGUUCAAACUUACAGUGAUAUAUCAUUUACCAUUAAUAUUACUUGAAAUAAAGUAAGGUAAUGAAAAAAAGGAGUCUAUGAUGUGAGAGUCUUGUAUUUGCCUUGUUAAGUGUUGAACAUGUGGAAAUAAUAUACUGUGGACAUUUCUGCUUUAGAGAAUAGAGCUGCAUUGUAUUACAUCGAACUCCAACCUACACUCCUGAUCUCUUCACACUACUGAGAAACUUUUUAUUUGACUUUAUUAGCUUCAACCAAAUUUUAGUUCAUAAACAUCAGACAUUUUGAAUCUUACAUGGCUGUAGGAGUUUUCUUUAAUAGAACUUCAAGGGGACAUAGCUUCUCUUCCUUUCAAAACUAACCUUGCUCUUGUACAUUGCCAAACCCUGUAUGUGAUUGGCUGGUUGGAAAUAGUGACUUGCUUUCAGUUAAGAAAAUCCUCUCAUUUACCAUGUAAAUAAUUUCAGGUUCUCAACAUUUUAGAGGCAUAAUUCACAUUUUUUUUUUGUAAGAAUCCUAUGCAAUUUUGUGGCAUGAUGUUUCUUCCACUUGUAAUUUAUGUGCUUUCAUCACAGAUCCAAAUAAAAUUUCUUAACACAA